UGCAAUUUAAAUAAAUCUAACUAGUAUAAAAUUUGAACUCAAAUAUUAAGCAUCACCGGUGAAAUGACGGGAAAUAUUAUAUUAAAGUUUAAUAAUAAAUUGCAAAAAAAAUAUUUAAACCAAAUUUUAUGGAAUCAUAUGCCACAACGUUUCCAAACAACAGUCCAUCAUGUGACAACGAAUGAAUCAAAUUCUUUUAAAAGUGAAUGGCAAAAUGCUAAACCUUAUGAAGAGAUACCAUCACAAUCGAAAAUCGCUGGUUUGUUAAACUAUCUACCGGGUGGUAAAUAUUAUAAAAUUGGUCCGGCAGAACUUAUGAUGGCCCUUAAAAGAGAUUACGGUGAUAUAACAAGACUACAUGGUUAUUUUGGUCGUGAUGAUAUGGUCGUUACACAUAAUGUUGAUGAUUUCGUAACAGUUUUACGCAAUGAGGGCAUAUGGCCUGCCCGACCAAUGCUAGAUGCUGUACAUUAUUACAGGCAUGAAUAUAGACGUGAUUUUUUCCAGGGAGUAGAAGGAAUUAUAACAACACGCGGUGAAAAAUGGGCCAACUUUAGAUCGGCUGUAAAUCCCAUCUUAAUGCAGCCUAGAAAUGUUCGUUUGUAUAUGUACAAAAUGUCACAAGUUAAUAGGGAAUUAAUGGAAAGAAUUCGUCAAAUACGUGAUCCAAAAUCCCUAGAAGUUUCCGACAAUUUUAUCGAAGAAUUAAAUCGUUGGACUUUAGAAUCUAUUUCUGUUGUCGCCCUAGACAAACAAUUGGGGUUGAUCACCAAAAAUCGUGGAGAUCCACUGGUAAAAGAACUAUUUCAAGCUAUAAAUGAUUUCUUUAAAUAUGGCAUGGAAGUAGAAUAUAGACCAUCCACAUGGAAAUAUUACAAAACCAAAUCUUUUCGUAAUUUAAUGCAAAGUUUAGAUUCAAUAUUAAACCUAACCAAUACAUAUGUCAACGAAGCCAUAAAACGUUUGGAACAAGAAAAGCAGAAAGGUGUACCCGAAAAACCGGAACAUGAAAAAAGUGUUUUGGAAAAGUUAAUAAAGAUUGACAAGAAAAUUGCCACCGUUAUGGCCAUGGAUUUGUUAAUGGCAGGAGUGGAUACGACUUCUUCCACUUUUACCGGUUUACUAUUGUGCUUGGCUAAAAAUCCAGCUAAACAGGCGAAACUAAGAGAAGAAAUUUUAAAGAUUUUACCUCACAAAGAUUCCGAAUUUACCGCAGAAUCACUGAAAAAUAUACCCUAUUUAAGAGCCUGCCUUAAGGAAUCUCUACGCAUGUAUCCCAUUGUUAUUGGCAAUACUCGUAUACCUGUCCAUGAUGUUGUAUUAAGUGGUUACCGAAUACCUAAAGGAACUGCAGUAACUAUGGCAUCUAUCGCUUUAAACUAUGAUGAAUUUCAUUAUACUCGUGCCAAAGAAUAUUUACCAGAAAGGUGGUUACGUACAGAGAAGCUUAGCGUUGAUGACAACUCUACCCAAUGUCCACAUUCUUUAAGGCCCAGCAAUCCAUUUGUUUAUUUACCAUUCGGUUUUGGUCCUCGAACUUGUAUAGGACGUCGUAUCGUUGAAAUGGAACUAGAAUUGGGUAUUGCUCGUCUUAUUAGAAAUUUUCAGGUGGAAUUUAAUUACUCCACCGAUAAUGCUUUUAAGAGUCUGAUGAUAAAUGUACCUCAAAUACCAUUGAAAUUUAAAUUUACUGAUAUAGAUAAGUAGAAAUGUAUACAUGUAUAUUUUUGUGGCCAGAUCUAAAUAUAUAUUUAUAAUGCCAAAUGUC